GGAGUUGUGCUCGACGAGCGGCGAGUACACAGAUUCGCUUUUUUUAUGUCUUUUUGAUGUUCCUUCCGAACUAUCUUCGUCGAUCGCUUUGAUUCGCGUCGCGGGAUGAUAUCGAUCUGAUCGAUACGAGUGCGUUUGGUGCGCGAAUUAUAUAUCGUCCGACGGUUGAAAGUUUUGAACUUUCGUGACGCUUGACAGUGUGCAGUGUUUUCGAAGGGGACUGUGGGUAGUAAACACAGUCGCGGAUUUUCCAGAGUCAUGAAGGCGUUUUUGCGCUCCGUCAUCGCGCUCGUGGCGAUCGCGACGGUCGUCGUCUCGGAGCCGAAGGACUUGACGAAGUUUAAGCUCGCGAUCCUUAAGUGCUGCCGGAAUCAAGAGGAGCUGCAUCUGUCAGAUGACAACUCGUCUCCGAUCUGCGUGUCAACAUCGAAACCAUGGCUGCCGCUGGUUUACUCGCCGACAGGUCAAACGCUCCAGGAAUAUCUGCCCGACCAUUGGCAAGUUUUCGAGGGCCGCCGACCGUUGUGCGACAACUUCUCGGAGCUGGUUCACGUGCCCUACCGAAAGUCCAAUCCGUUUAUCAUCGUCGACAACGGGGAAGUGAUACCCGAGGCCGCUAGUUCCGACAAAUUUCCUGCCGACCGAUACUGCGCCGAUUCGAACGCCCUGCUCGUGUGCAUGCCGAAGAAAUCGGCAGGCAAUCAUGCCGCCGCGACCAUGAGACCACGAGUGCGACGAUGCUGCGGCGAGAACGCCACUUUUCACGAACGCGGAAAUACCUGCGAACAUUUGAAAGAGACCGCGGAUGCACCACCGCUUCUGCCAAACGCUUCUGCGUCGUCUACCAUUGAGAUCGUGGCCGGAUUUCCGACCUGCCCGAAAUCCGAAAACUUCACGAUUCUGGGCAACGCAGUGGACGCCACGCUCCAGCCCGACGGCAGCCUGGAGAUAAAUGGGGUAGUUUUACCCAGCGGCCAGUUCUGCGUCGAGAGGAUCAAGGAACUCAACCAGAUAUCCAAGGUGUUCGCUUGUCCAGAACACGCACCGCAAAGACCCGUGGUGGAAGCGACGGACAUCAGAUUCACCUUGUAUCCCGUGGGCUUCAUCAUUAGCGCCAUCUUUCUGGCAGCCACCCUGGCGGCCGGCUGGUUACUACCGGCCUCUCAUCAUGUUCUGCAUUGGCGUUGCCAGACUCAUCAUGUCGCCUGCCUGAUGAUGGGCGAUAUUCUCAUGGCCAUCAUUCAGCUCGCCGGGGAUUCCCUUCAUGGUGCGAGCUGCAAGGCGCUCGCGAUCAUGGCGCACUUCUUCUUCCUGGCCGCUUUCUUCUGGCUGAACACGAUGUGCUUCAACAUCUGGUGGACGUUCAGAGAUUUGCGACCGGUGAGCCUGGAGAAAGGUCAGGAGACCCUCAGGCUUAGGGUCUACGCCUGCUACGCCUGGGGUGGGCCCUUCCUGGUCGCCGGCUUGGCCGCUCUUCUUGAUCAUCUACCGUCUCAACCGCAGUACACGUUCCUGAGGCCUCGCUUCGGCGAAAAGCAGUGCUGGUUCUACGGUGACAUGGAAAUUCUGGCGUACUUCUUUGGACCGAUCGGAGUGCUUCUGGCUAUAAAUCUUAUGUUUUUCGGCGUAACUGCCCGGGAAUUGACGUGCGGUCUCUGGAAAGGCGAAUUCGUGAAAAGCACCACCGAGAGGGCGACGCUGGGCCGCAUGUGCAUGAAACUCGUGAUCGUGAUGGGUAUCACCUGGGUGGCUGACGUCGUCUCAUGGGCGGUCGGCGGUCCGCAGUACAUCUGGUACUUCACCGAUAUGAUAAACGCCUUCCAGGGAGUGCUGAUCUUCAUGGCGGUCGGCUGCCAGCCGCAGGUUCGAGCCGCGCUCAAACGAUUCUUCAGCAGGAACCCGCAGACCAACGCCGGGAGGCAGGGCAACGGCCACAGCACGACCAGCCACGGGAUGCCCAGCAUGGGUGACAGCGUGACGCAAAAUCCCAGCACCAAGACCGCGCCGUUGGAGACCAUCUGCUAGGAUGGCUCUCCGUGAACCGGGAAUUACAUUACCCGGCGCUCGGAAUUUACGCGUCAGUCAUACGAGAGUCAUCACACGCUCGAAGGCAGGCGCGAAGGGAGCGAUCCGAUUUGAAUUGUGAUUGGAGCCACCGAAAGGUUGGCUCGCGGCUGCAAUUCCGCCAUUUGGUGAAGUUUCCGCGACGAGAAACUUAUGAUGCGAUGAGCGAAAGGGUCGUAACGGAGUAAUCGACCCACGAGUAAUCUUCAUUUUAACGGGAGACCAGCCAUUGCACUUUGCGUUGGCGAAUCAUUUGCAUCAUUCUCAUUUUGUGCAAUUCGUAAGAAGACCCCUUUUUUUUCUUCGCGAACAAAGUGACAAGUGUCACGCGUGAUGAUAAUGAUUGUCGGCGAUGCUUGCAUUUGACAAUCAACCUGAGGAUAUUUUUUCGCAGGAUCGAUUCGGUAAGUGGGUCUCCUCUCCAGUUCGUCGACCCGCAAAGGUCGAGAAAUCUCACUGAAAAUGUUUUCCUACCGACAUUUUCCAGACAAUACGCGAGUUCGAGGGAGGUCCGGGAGAUGUCUGGGGAGAAUAUUUAGGGCGCCUUCCAGACGUAUUUUAGGUACUGCACUUUCUCGUUGUUUGAGUUCUCGCAAAACGUCGCAAUUUUGUACAGUAAUACGAGAAUUAUUUACACUCUGUUCUGGCCGUAAAAUUUCGUCGCAUCUCGAAAACGCGAAUUUCCAUUCGAGAGAACGAGUCGUAGAGAGGGAACGGCGAUAGCAAAGAAACGGAUGACGCAGCGUUUAAAUGCGUGUACAAGUGUAAGUCACGUGAGACCUCAUUUUUUCCUGUCAUGGACGAGAAGAUAGGCGGAACAGUCGUUAAUCCACCGUCUCGUAACAUCUGUCGAGCGGAGUACAAUCGGAAAAUCAGUGGCGCGUACGCGAUAUUAUCUGAAAUCUCGGUGGCCGGUAACUUCCGGAACCGCUUGUUCGCCCGUUCGACCGGGGCCGACCAGCAACGAUCCAUCAGAUCGCGCGAAACCAGCGGCAAACGCACUUCCUCCUAGUCAUCGGAUCCGAAACCCGGGUACGCUCGCGCCGACUAAGAUAGAUCGCGAAAUUUCGCUGACGAAAGAACGGGAACGCUAAUUCGUCCAUUCCUGUUUUGGCACUGCCGCGGACUUACCGCCGCGCGAUCCAUCUUUUCUGACGUAAGCAAUUACUCACCGCGCGCAAUUAACAGAAAUUCUUUCGUAUCUCUCACGUCAAUCUCGCAUUUUAGAGCAUUUUCGCGUACGUUUUUAUCUCCCUUCCUUUCCUCCUACGCGCAACGUACGUAAUAAUAUGAGAAAGGAAUACGAAUAAAAUGUUACCGGCAGUAUCUUUGUAUCUGUGAAUCUAUCACGGAUUUAUUUCAGAUUUAUUUCGAAUCACGCCGGGGAUUUUGAAUUGCGAUAUUUCACUUUGAGUUUGACGCUUUCGCGCACUCGAGGCCCUCUGGCCGACGAGACACUGUACAGAUGUCCGAUAUACAUUCGACGUAUCUAUCACGAGCGCGACGCGAGAAGAAGUGCAGAACGUUUCGGAGCGACGGGUGUUAAUUCGGGCAACAUAAAUGUUUAAAAGGCACACUUCUAUUUCGAGCCUUCCUGAUGUCUUUUUAAUUAGUCGAGUAACCGCGCUGCUCGAACUUAAUUACUAUCAAAAUGUAACGAUCGCGUGUCUGAUACGCUCCAUCGCCAUCUGAAUACGAUUCGAAGGCCCUGUCCUUAAAAAUUUAUCCCUGAAAAAUUUAUGCCCUGAAAAGGAGAAUUGAGUGUUCAAAAUUUAUUUCUCUGCGAAUUGCGGGAAUGUUAAAUGUGUCUUUAUGCAGCUCCUAUUCGGAUCGUUCAUAAAUCAAAGUUUGUGACAGCUCCACGCCGCUAAAGCAGACAAUGACGCGUACUCUUCGGACCUCGGUAGCAGAAACAAUGCGUGAUUUAUGAUCGACGCGAGUUAAUCUUUUUUUUUCUCCAGUGGACAACGAUAUUCAUUGAUAUUAAUAAUAUCGGCUCGCGACGAGCGCAAGUAUCUCUCCGUGAGAUUAAUCACUUUUAACAAUGGAGCGUCGUAGCUACGCUAUUACGCUGUAGUUUUGCGUUCUGAUUUCACUAUUUUAAUGACAGAUUUCUCGAAGGCCAGUUUCUAACAAAAAUGUAAUCUUUUACGCCAAAAUAAUUCGUUACAUAAUCCGCGUACCGCGUAAUCCAAUAUAUAAUCUUCGCUGUUCGAAUAUUUUGAGAAUUGUGCGUGAUUUUUAUCAAAGGUAUAAAAUUCUCCGACUGAAACAGGAAGAAAGUAUCGCGUUACGUCUAAUCGUGACGUAGCGGUGUAAAAUAUUAACGUUCGACGAGAGCAAAAAACGUGAAGACGCGGUUUCUUUUUGAGCCAAAUGAUGAUUACGCUCUCUCGAGAUUUGGUUACGAGAAUUCGAAACGAAACGACGAGCCUCCUUACCUCGCGUCCGUUGCGCCUCGAAUUACCAAAGGACGAUCGGGGGGGGGGGUUCGAUCAUGGGUUUUCUUUCGAGUCGUCGUCCUUCCUUCAUUAUUCAUCGGAUGUUAUCGAAUCUGUUAUCGAGCAAUCGUUUUUCCGUUUUCCUUAGCAUAAAUCUGCAUCGACGUCGUUAGCCGGGUCCCGGCAGGAUGGCUCCGGCAUUAAACAUGCGACAUCGUGGCUCUCGAGCUCACAAUUUAUCACUGAUCAGUCGAACCGUCCUGUUCCGGUUCGGUACCGAGUACGCAAAAGAAAAAA